AAACGAUUCGUUUCGUUUACGAAACGACGGACAUCGCUAGUGGUCAUCAGUGGGGCGAGUGCACACUCAGUGUACUCUUUUCAAGUGAAAACUGUCCGUGCCCUGUAGAAUGCGUGGAUAUAUUCGUACAUUUAGUCUGUGCAUAGUUAUUGCUCUUCUAUCGUUACUAUUUGUGUUCAGUAAACAUGAUGCACAGGGUUUUUUAAAGCAAGUUAGGGCGCCGCUGGAACCGUCCAUCGCAAAGAACUUAAAUGGAGUAAAAUCAAAACAAGGACCCACUGCGACCAGAUCACACAGACUCGGAGAUGUUGCACACAAGGUGACCUCACCUGGACAGCGGGAGACGUUGAUGCAGCUGGCUGUGGUGGCUUGUGGAGAGAGACACGGGGAAGCUGUCAACAUGCUGAAGUCCACAGCCAUGCUCAGCAGUCGAGACUUGAGAUUUCACAUCUUUGCAGAAGAGCAGUUACACACCAACAUAAAAGCAGCGCUGGAUUCCUGGCCAGCUUUGAUCCGAGUGAAAGUCAGCUAUGUUAUUCACCCCAUUUCAUUUCCCCAUGAGAACCGUGAAGAGUGGAGUCAGCUUUUCAAGCCAUGUGCAUCGCAGAGACUCUUCUUACCGAUGAUUCUGAGGGAGGUGGACUCCUUACUUUAUGUGGACACUGAUGUCCUCUUCUUGCAGCCUGUAGAGCUGAUCUGGGACAUGUUGGCGCUCUUUAACUCCACUCAGUUAGUAGCUAUGGCACCAGAGCAUGAGGAGCCACGGAUUGCCUGGUACAGUCGCUUCUCCCGGCAUCCGUAUUAUGGAAGAACUGGCAUCAACUCUGGUGUCAUGCUGAUGAAUUUGACCCGGAUGCGAAGGACACAAUUUAAGAAUGACAUGACCUCUGUUGGUCUGCACUGGGACGAGCUUCUCAUGCCUUUAUUGCAGAAAUACAAGCUUAACAUUACCUGGGGUGAUCAAGACCUGAUUAACAUAAUCUUCCAUUACAAUCCAGAGAUGGUAUUUACCUUCCCCUGCCACUGGAACUAUCGUCCUGACCAUUGUAUCUACGGCAGCAACUGCAUCCCGGCUAAAGAAGAAGGCGUUGUCAUUUUGCACGGCAACAGAGGGGUGUUUCACAGCGACAAACAGCCUGCCUUCAAGGCUGUGUAUGAUGCUUUCAAACAUUACACAUUUGGAGAGGAUCUCGUAAAAUCCUUCUUGUUGCCGCUGGAAGUGGCGCUGAAUGGAACCACAAACACUUACUGUGGGAAAGUUAGUCAUUUCUUUACCAGAGGACUUGGAAAGUCUGUAAAGAGGAUUCAGAGAAGGACUCCACCUGGUGGCUGAGUUGUGUUACUGUCACUGAAGCUGAAUAACGACAAUAAUGUAUUCUGGGAGACUGGAUGAGAACGUCAUUGGCUUUCCAGUCGUAUCUGUGCAAUGUUAGUGGUGAAUGUUCAGAAUGAUGAAAAGUGCAUUCCUUUCAAAUUGCCAUUAUCAUUUCACUUUUUUAUCCUGGUUGAAGGGGCAGUCAACAAAAAAGAGAAAUUUGACAUCAUUUAUUCACCUAAAUGUCCUUUCAAACUUCCUUUCCAGGAACAAAUAAGGCGAAUUGAUGUUUCUCACACUGUAUGACUUCUGAAGACUUUACAGACAAAAAGUCUUCUUUUAGUGCUUUUGGAUGUACUGUUCCUUUAGAGUGUUAUUGAAUGUAAUAAAAGAUGUAAUUGGAAAAUACUUGAAAAUGUAAAUAUUCAUUUUACAUAAUGUUCAUAUGAAAUAAAAAUAUA